CCGCUGAGCUCGACUGGUUUCCAAACAACUAGCCUGACUGCUAACAACAACACUAUAAACUGGAUAAGCGUCAUUAUAAAUCCUUUACACAGGGAGCAGAGUGCUUCCGCCUGGCGGGUACCAAUACAGAUGGACUUUAUGAGUGAACGCUGACGGGCAGAAUUAACGGAUCCUCCUCCUCAGCCUCUUGCCCCGACACCUUCUGUCACGCUGGCAAUGUCAAGAGUCCCGAGUCCCCCUCCCCCUGCGGAAAUGUCCAGCGGGCCUGUUGCUGAGAGCUGGUGCUACACACAGAUUAAAGUUGUGAAGUUUUCAUACAUGUGGACCAUCAACAACUUCAGCUUCUGCCGUGAGGAGAUGGGUGAGGUCAUCAAGAGCUCCACAUUUUCCUCAGGAGCCAAUGACAAGUUAAAAUGGUGUUUGCGAGUGAAUCCCAAAGGUCUGGACGAGGAGAGUAAAGACUACCUGUCACUCUACCUGCUGCUGGUCAGCUGUCCGAAAGCUGAGGUCCGAGCCAAGUUCAAGUUUUCCAUCCUGAAUGCCAAGGGGGAGGAGACCAAAGCCAUGGAGAGCCAGAGGGCGUAUCGCUUUGUCCAGGGGAAAGAUUGGGGGUUCAAGAAAUUCAUUCGGAGAGACUUCCUCCUGGAUGAAGCCAACGGUUUGCUCCCUGAUGACAAGCUCACACUCUUCUGUGAGGUGAGUGUGGUGCAGGACUCCGUCAACAUAUCUGGUCAGAACACGAUGAACAUGGUGAAGGUGCCAGACUGUCGGCUAGCAGACGAGCUGGGAGGUCUGUGGGAGAACUCUCGCUUCACAGACUGCUCUCUGUGUGUGGCCGGACAGGAGUUCCAGGCUCACAAAGCCAUCCUGGCAGCCCGCUCACCUGUUUUUAGCGCCAUGUUUGAGCAUGAGAUGGAAGAGAGCAAAAAGAAUCGAGUGGAGAUCAACGACGUGGAGCCUGAGGUUUUUAAGGAGAUGAUGUGCUUCAUAUACACAGACAAGGCACCAAACCUGGACAAGAUGGCUGACGACUUGCUGGCGGCGGCUGAUAAGUACGCUCUGGAGCGACUCAAGGUCAUGUGCGAGGACGCGCUCUGCACCAGCCUGUCUGUAGACAAUGCGGCUGAAAUCCUCAUCCUGGCCGACCUGCACAGCGCGGACCAGCUCAAAACACAAGCCGUCGACUUCAUCAACUAUCACGCGGCAGAAGUGAUGGAGACGGCAGGUUGGAAGUCCAUGGUGGCAUCACACCCUCACCUGGUGGCUGAGGCCUACCGCUCUCUGGCAUCAGCCCAGUGCCCCUUCCUGGGACCCCCACGCAAGCGCCUCAAACAGUCCUAAUGACAUGGAGCCGUGCUGUCUGCUAGCCCUCUCUCUCUCACGCACACACUCACGCUCUCACAAAUCCCAAACCCCUCCAUAAAGGGAUGACCUCUACCCCUGUUGUUACCUGCUACACGACCUACCCCCCCUCCACAGCCCCACUUCUGCUCCAUCCAGGCGCUGCUGUGUUUCAUCUGUCUAUUGAUGGAGGGAAUAAGGAGAGGAUGUCAUGAAGGGGGAUGUUUACAGAACUGCACACCCACCGCCCUCUUUCUAUUAAGCUCUGAGGUCAGACAUUGUUCACGUUCCUGCGUGAAGACUCAACCCCAACCUGUGUUGGAAUCCGCUCCAAGGGACGAGUCGGACCUGAGGGUGGCUUGGUCUUCAGAGACUUGACCAUCAGCCCCAUUCCUUCUCUCAGCUGAGCUGCCGCUGGAGCCCUGACUUGCAUCAGAGACUCAGCCAAGAACACUUCUGAGAAACACAACAAGGGCUCGACAAGUGGCAGGUGCGGGGCACAAACUGAUGGGGCGGGGUCAUUGCACUAAAGUCAAAGGUCACCCGUUAUCCAUCCCGACCGGCGGACAAGUAGAAGUAUUGUGGGCAAGACCCAGCUGGACCACCAAGAACCCUUUAAGAUGAGUUGUCAAACAAAUGGAUCCCAUGUAGAACUCUGUGUUCCUGUUCACAAUCAUCCCAAUUUGUCAAAGGCAUUGAACUGAAGAGCCAGAGCUGAGUGUCACUGCUGCAGAGUAGAACUGCCGCCAGUCUGUCUCCUCCAUCGAGAGAGAACCAGGACAUGAAGACAAGCUGAGACGACGUCAGUAAAUGUGUCAAAGUAACGUUCACAUUCUCUCAGAUGUGUUGAUGUUUCUCCUUUUAUUCCAUUUGUUUUUUUUUUCCUCAGAUGUGUCAUUUCUAUUUUUUUCCCAGGAAUUUGUACAGAGACACUUGUUUUUUUUGUGUGAAUGGUUUCAAUUUGACACAAACAAGACAGUUUUCUUUGCAGGCGACUGAAGGGGAAUGUCAGAGAAGUGAACACGUUUUAAUGUUCAGAAUAGACUGAGUGUGAAACGCAAAUCCACAUAAACUUUGCAAAGUGACGUUGGGCGGACGUGAGUGGAAGGAAGCAUCGUCAACCGUUCCUGUAGAUAUUUCAACUUAUGACAAGUGACACUUAGUUGUUGCCAUUUUUUGUUCCCAACAGAAUAAACCACAAACUAUUUUGUAUUGAA